UCUCAGGUGACUGAAGGAGGAAGUGCAAAGCAGAAGAUAUUCACCUAUGAUGCCAUGUACAACACCAACUACUCCAACAUGGAGGACUACCGCAGACCUGAGGAUCUGGUCUACCAGUCCACUGUGCGGCUUCCUGAGGUCCAGAUGGAGGAUGACGGCCUGUAUGAGUGCCAUGUGGGGAUCUAUGACCGGAGCUCCAAAGGCAGAGUGAUUCUAGCCUCCAGCAGCAUCACCCUCACUGUCAUAGUACCUCCCAAGUCUAUAUCUGUGGUGGCAGCCAACAGCCCAGCUCCUUUCAGCCGCUACGAGGCGCAGAACUUCACUCUGGUCUGCAUCGUGACGGGAGCAAAGCCUGUUCCAACGGUGUACUUCAAGCGAGAUGGGGAGCUGAUUGAUGUGGUGCCAACUGUCCAGGUUUCCUCCUCAGUGGAAGACAAAAGAAAUGGCCCAAGGCUGGAAAAGAGCUGGAGCUCCCGGGCUCUCACCGGUAGAGACCUAGAUGACACCAAAGUCCAGAAGUCCCUGUCCCUGCUGGAACUAGAAGGGAAGCUGGCUCGGCUGGGCCAGGACGGCCCCCAGGGCUCAGACAAGGGCCAAGAGCAGGAAUCCGAAUCAGACCCCGAGACAACCACAGAGGCGAUCCCUGAGACAGUGGUGAGCCGGGAGUUUCCCCACUGGGUCCAGAGCAGCGACCCACUCUACCACUUCCAGCAGCGGCAGCAGGCGGCAGGGGACGGCACCAUGGAGGUGAGGGCCAUGCUGACCUGGAGCCUCAACCCCCAGCUGGACAAUGAGGCUCUGUUCAGCUGUGAGGUGCACCACCCGGCUCUGUCCAUGCCCAUGCAGGCCGAGGUCACACUGUCUACUCCCAGAGGACCCAAGCUGUCCAUGAGCCCCAGUAAGGCCAGGGUGGGGGACACCGUGCGGAUCACUGUCCAGGGCUUCAGGCUGGGACCUCCUGCCAGCGAGGUUUUUCCGGAGCCCAUGUACACCUGGACCCGAGUAGGGGGGCUCCUGCUGGAUGGCAGGGAGUACCAUGCAGGCAGAGAGCUGGUCCUGGACAGAGUCCCUGCUGAGCUCAAUGGCUCCAUGUUCCGCUGCACGGUCCAGAAUCCUCUGGGCUCCACAGACACACACACCCGCCUUAUCGUGUUUGACAACCCAAGACUGAAGAAAGGAAGAGGACAUGUUGUUGCCGCUGCGCUGCGGCUCUGCUCCUCCUCCUCCGCCCUGCUGCUGCUGCUGAGCUCCACCUGGGGGCUGACAUGACCCGAGGCUUCUGCUCCUCUACCCCCCCCACCUGAGGCAUCUGCUGAACACUAAAGAUGCAGUGGGACAGAUACUGCAGCCCCCCCCACAGAGCAGAGGUCCAUCCCACAGCAGACACCACCGGUUACACCAGGCCAGUUUCUCCAGACGGGCUGUUUGGGAUUUCUGGGUCCGUCUUUGCUCCCCUCCCACAGUGGAGUCUCUGAAGACCACAUCAAAUACUACUGACAAUGCUUCUGUAAUCUUUGAAAGAACAACAACAACAACAACAGCAUUUCCCCCUCCCUUUGUGACCCUGCACUGUAGAGGCCUCUGUCGGAGUGUUUCCUUGUUUAACUAAUGCAUACAUGAAUCAAUAAUGUGUUAUUGAAGUUAUUUAAAGCUCCAAAUUAUUUUAAAUCCCAAGCUUUCUGUUUUUAACAUUCGCUUCAAAAUGACUGUAUCCAUGUAGACUAGAGUAAUGCUGGAGCCAGACUAAGAGUCUGCAGACCCCCUGUUUGAGGACCCGGUCUCUAAUGAUCCAGAAAGACACUCAUGUCCCUAGACUGGACAUGCAUCAAUUGUAUUAGUGGUCUAAACUAUAUAUUUUAUAUAUAUAUUUAUAUACAUGUUAAUGUUUCUCCUUUCAAGAAUUCAACUAUUGUUGACAAAUUUCCGAGAAAAAAACGACAAACAAUCUUUCUUAGCGUCGAGCAGGGGUUUUCAAAGUGUGGGAAGGUGAGCCUCCCCUCAGAGAACAUAAGAACAGCCUUUUUGGCGAGGUGGGGGAACUCGGUCUCCAGACAGCCAAAAGUGUGCAAGUGACACUUUACUCGUCUUUUUCUCGUUAUUUCUUUCUCACGCUGCGCCUCCCCUGAAGCUCUCUGGCGCCCCCCAGGGAGGCGCGCCUCACACUUUGAAAACCGCUGGCUUAGAGGAUGCUAGUUCUCUAAAACCAUGUGAAGAGACUGUUAUGUAAUAUAUCCCGUGGAAUAAAAC